GUAGCAAGGCCAGUUUGAUUGAAUUAUUGAUAUGAAAUCGAGCUCAAAGCAAACUAUGUUUGUUUUUCAAUAACUACUCAAUAAUGAUUGUUAUAUUCUACUGAAAAUCUCUACCAGAAAAUAAAUUAUGUCAUUGACUACAGAUGAAUUAGUAGAUAAAGGCGUAGAUAAACAAGAGCGGCUUCAAAGGAUAAAAGGUGGUGCAUUUCUGUCAGCUGUUGCAGGGAUUUCAGCAUUUGUAGGAUUUAGCGCUACUUUGGCUGCAGCAAAAAAAGCAGAUCCCAAAUAUUUUAACAAAGGGUUACACAGCAGUGCAGAGUUAGCAGAUGCUGGUGCUAUCUUGGCACUCCGAGCCCUGGGUUGGGGCACUAUCUAUGCAGUUGCAGGCACAUCAUGUCUGUGUUACAGUAUAUGGAAGCUCUCUGGUGCUGAAAAUUUAAAGGACUUCAGAGUUAAAAUGGGAAACUUAUUACCUGUACUGCCAAAAAAUAACCCUCCCCAAUCUAGAACAGAAUUUACUGGUCUUAAUGAUCUACUUACUUAUAUAUCAGAAGAAUAUGGGAAGCCUGUUAAGGAAAAGUAGAACAAUGAGUAAAAGAGAAACUGUAAAUAAUAAUUUAUUUUAGUAAAGUUUCAAUUAGACAAA